AUGGCUCCUCCUCCAAAAGCUACAAAAAAGCCCAAAGUCGACUCCAAACCAAAGACGGACGUAAAACUUACCAAUCCCGAUCGAAUUGAUGACAGAUGGAGACCACCGCCGUCAAUAACAGAGCCUGGUCCGUCGCCAGAAACCUACAUAAUGGGCAGGAAGCUGGGAAAAGGCGGAUUCGCAGUUUGUUUCGAGGGACGGUCAAAAACAACAUUUGAAGUAUUUGCCCUCAAAGUCGUCAAGGCAAAGGUUGAGCAGAAAAAGAUGAUGGAGAAGUUCCGAACUGAGUUGCAAAUUCAUGCCAAAAUGCACCAUCCAAAUAUUGUCGAAUUUCUUCGUGCGUUCACCAUCGACGAGCACACCUACGUCGUCCUUCAGAUGUGCCCCAAUGGGAGUCUUACAGAAAUGGUCAAAGCCCGCUCCUGUCUCAGUCUUCCUGAAGUACGUCGGUACAUGAUUCAGAUCUGUGGAGGGGUCAAAUAUAUGCAUAAGCGAUCUGUCAUUCAUCGAGAUCUGAAGAUGGGCAAUAUUUUCCUGGAUGCCCGUAUGAAUAUCAAGAUUGGAGAUUUUGGAUUGGCGGCGGUCAUGGCAGAUGAGCAUGAUCGUCGGACCACGCUAUGCGGCACCCCAAACUACAUCGCCCCAGAGAUUUUGAGCAAGUCCGGCCACCGUGGCCACGACAACAAAGUCGACACUUGGGCUGUUGGGGUGAUUUGUUACGCCAUGCUCAUGGGCACUCCUCCCUUCCAGUCAAAGACCCAACAAGAAAUCUACACUAAACUGAGAACACUGGAAUAUGAGUGGAGGAUGGACAGCAAAAACUACAUUCCACAACAGGCGAAAGAUUUUGUGGCUUCAUGCUUGAACCUCAAUUCUGUCGAGAGACCAGAGAUGGACGAGUUGGUCGAACAUGACUUCUUCACGAUGGGAGCGAUCGCGGACGAACUGGACAUUUCUUGCCUCAGAGCGAAUCCGACAUGGCUGGAGAAUGCUGACCCCCGUGGAGACAAAGUACAAUCGGGCUACGGAAUCAGUCACAGCAGAAUAUGCCGCGAAUGUGGCAUCGGUAUCGGUUCGGAUGGUCGACCUCGCGCGGGAGUCGGUACUGGUCUAGACAUCUCGACCCUGGUGGAAAUCGAGGCUGAAAAUAGAGAAGGGUGUGCACCGGUCGUCCCCUUACCGCCUGGGACGCUAUAUAAACAGUUCUCGGACGCGCACGCGGACUGGACAGCACGGCAGAAACAUCCACUGUUAACGACACGUGUCCGCAGCCGAAAACCUUUUCCGGAACAGCCAGAACCGUCUUCUUUACGAAGCGGCAAAACCGAAACAGAGGCACUACCAGUUGGCGGAUCUAAGGUUCCUUUACCGCCGGCGAGCGCCACAUCCAGACCGUUUCAAAGCUUCGCGGCCCAACAAAGGCAACAAGCAAUCCCAUCGGGAGCAGUGCGACGAGGUCCACUUGCGCCAGAGGAGAUCCCAAAGGCAGAGCAACCGAAAAUUGUUGAGCCUCCUCUUCAACCACUUUUGAGAGAACGGCCGAUGCGUGCGGCCACUAUCCGUACCACAAGAAGUGCGGCGUCGCGUGAUCCAAUACCCCCGACAUCUAGGACGUUACCACGAUCGACGACUGCGCCUGACUUUACGAAAGAGAUUGUCAAACAAGAGCUGAGCCAAAGCAGGCCAGAGGUUCGGAGGAUCAGAAGCGGAAUCACCGCCAUGGCCUCAAAUUCUGAAAGCCAGCGGGCAAAGAGCAGUUCACGGUCGGCCGUGGCAGCAGAAGCCGCGUCUGCGCGUUCGAAGUCGUCCUCUUCUCCUGACCUGACAGGGUCAAUGGGAGAUGUACCUUCACAUGUCUUACAACCCACCAGUGCAAAUGACAGACAACCCAUAUCAGGGACGGCAGAGAAGCAGAGGCUAGUCGGCGCCGAACAGAAACAGCGGGUAGGAUCGACGACGGAGCGCCCGCGCACAGUGGUUCUUCCGAAACAUCAACCUCGAAUCAUUGGCAGAACAGACCGUGCGGUAUUGGUCCCGCGGUCUUCCAAUAUCGACGUUCUGAAUUCACUGCAAAGCCUUCACAAGGCUCUUGAUCCUCGCAGGUUCGACGAGGCAGGAAGGCGUCCAAGAUCAGCAUACGGCACCAGAAAACCCCGGACCCGAUCCACAUACCCUCGUGUUGACAAGUGGGUAGACUAUUCCACCCGGCAUGGUAUUGCAUACAUCCUCUCGGAUGGCACGGUAGGCAUGAUACUCAAAUCAUCGGAAGACAACUCUUUGCCGAGUAGUUGUGUGGUGGUGCGCCAUGCCAGCAGCCACACCAUCCGGCGAGCCAAGGGUUUGGAGUACCAAUUUGUGCCACAAGGAGCCGAUGCUGCGGACGUCGAGUUCUAUGAACAGAGUGAUUACGAAGCGGGGUUGAAGCGACUCGACGUCCCUGCACGACAAUUCUUGCUGGACCUGGAAACACACCCGAAUCAAGUGGCGGCCGCCAACGCGAUCCAGAUGCGGUUGGCGGGCAGUGAGGCUGAGCGGAUGAAGGAGGUUGCGCUUUUGGACAAGUUCGGAAAAUAUAUGAACAAACAGGGAAGGCAUGACGACUCGACCAGUGGCAGGGCAGCGGGCAAAAGCGAACGGUUUGUGCACUUCUACCAACGAGUGGGGAAUGUUGGGGUCUGGAGAUUUGCAGAUGGAGGAUUGCAAUUCAAUUUUCCGGAUCAUACCAAGGUCACCAUCCUCGGGCCGGCUACCGAGGAAGAAGGUGAGGACGGGCAGUACCGAGUUAACUGCGUCUAUCUCAUGCCCACUGAUGCCAUUGGACUUGCAAACCAUGGCGGACUCAGCGGGGAAGCAAUGGAGCGUCGCGAUGAGUUGAGCUUGCCAUUGGAAGACAUCAUGAGCGACACGCUGCGUCGGUCCGAGAUGGAGAUUGUGCGCACAAACGAGAUCAAAGAGAAACUCUGCUGGGCGCGCGCCGUGAUCGGAUGCUGGAUCAAAGAAGGCGGACUUGGUAGGAUGGGAGAAGAGAGGUUGGGCUGGAGCGGAUUGCAAGAACGACGAGACGACAAGAGGAUCAAGCUGCAGUGGGUGACGGUGGGGAGGUAUGGCGGCGAUGGCGACGGCGACAACGAGGGCAGAGUGCACAAUCACGGCUCGAGCAAGGCUGGCAACAAGGAUUGA